UCCAGCGAGCGGUUAGCGCAUUAUCAUGCGUUUGGCCGGUCCGUGUGUGGGAUGCUGUGCAAGUCUGCUGCAUAAAAGUGGACAGGUGGAGCGCCUUGUUGAGUGGGGAAUUUUAAGAAAACGCCCAAACAUUGUGAGAUUACCUGAUGUGUUGUGAGCCAUCACUACUGAGCUCUGCAUCUGCAGACGUGCAAGGUUCUCCCCCCCUCCCGCUGUAAUAUUUAUGUCAAAACGGAGGCAAAUUAUUCUGGUCACGUUUUUGGCUGACAGUCGGCUGUCCUGGAGAGCUCUGGAGUGAAUCGGGGUCCAGUGUUGGAGAUAGCGCAGCGCACCGACACCUGCAGUAGGAUGUAAAGGGAAUUCCCACUCAGCAAACUGAAUCAACCACAGAUCUGGCCAUCAUCCUCAUCACUGUCUCGUUUGAGCCAGAAGAAAAAGAAAGACGAGCAUGGUCUGGUGUGGGGGCCGGUGUUGCUAUGCUUGAGGGAGUGCUGUGGCGUCAAUGGAGACCGAAGGCUAUCGUGACCUCCUGGAGACCAGCGAUGGUCAGGGGGUAGGCCUGCUGGAUGGAGGAGGUGAGGUGGGGGUGGAGGAGGGCUGGAGCACGCCCUACCCCCUGGGCUUCCAGGUGUCUUUGACCACUGUGCUGCUGCUGGAGCUGGUGUUGGGCUUCAGCAGCAACCUGACGGUACUUGUGCUCUACUGUGCUCAGUCCAACCUGGUGGAUUCAGUCAGCAACCUUGUCACAGUCAACCUCCACGUUCUGGACAUACUGGUAUGUCUGUUGUGUCUGCCACUGACUGUGGCUGUGAUCCUGCUACCAGCCAAUGAAAGUGGAGUCGGCAGCCUGGCCACGCUGUGCUGCUUUCACGAAGCCUGUGUCACGUUCACGAGUGUGGCCACAGCAGUCAAUGUGCUGGUGAUCAGUUUGGACCGAUACGACAUCUCCGUGCGUCCAGCCAGUCGCCUGCUGACCCCAAGGCGUGCAGCUCUGCUCCUGGCAGCAGUAUGGGCCGUUUCCCUUGCUGUCUUCUUCCUGCCCUUCCUUGAGGGGAAUUUCUUCUCUUCGUUGGUUGAGGACAGUGAGGAUGAGGAGCCAAAAGGGCAGAACAAUGUCUCUGAGUUCACCACUAGAUUGACCAACAUGUUUUCCUCAAUCUCUCCUUCCUCCAUCUCUCCUUCUUCCAUCUCACCUUCCUCCAUAUCUCCUUCCUCUUUUCCAUCAACGCGUCCUUCUUCCUCUUCACACCACCUGACUGCAGAAUGGCAGAAUAGGACAUUGCUGUGCGUAGGAGGGCAGGGGUAUUAUACAGGACUGGCUAUGUAUUACCACUUGUUACUCCAAGUGCCAUGCUUCUUCAUCGCCGUGGCUGUCAUGUUAUUUACCUACUCAAGGAUCCUGCAGGCCCUCAACAUUCGCAUAGGCUCCCAUAUGAUGAGGGGUAAGCGGGCAAAAGACUCCACCUGCAGAAUACGCUGCAGAAGGCGUAAAAAGAAGGACCUGAGUCUGCCAACCGAGGUAGUGUCCUCCAACCAGAACAAGAACCAAACCAAUCCAAACACUCCUACACCAACAUCGCCCCCGCCACUCCCCUCCAUGCCCCAGGGGAUUUCUGACAGUGGAGCAACAGUCACUACUGUCAGUACUGCUGCCACCACCCCCAUCGCCACUACACCGGCCAGUCUUGCUUCUCCACCUCCAGCUUCAGCCUCAUCCCAGCCCCAUGCCAACUCACCACUGCCUGCCUCCACCAUGGGUGUACAGGCCUCGGUUUCUGCCAUCAUCGCCUUGAGGCGGGCAGUGCGUAGACACAGGGACCGUCGAGAACGUCAACGUCGCGUCCUUAAAAUGUCCCUACUCAUCAUAUCCAGCUUCAUGGGCUGCUGGGCCCCUCUGUCUGCAGUCAACAUCCUGAUCCUGUGCAUGGGACCCAGCGACAGCCUGGUGCGGCUGCGCCUCUGCUUCUUGGCGAUGGCUUAUGGAACCACUAUUUUUCAUCCUCUGCUCUACGCUUUCACCAGGCAAAAGCUGCGCAAGGCCCUAAAAACACGUGUAAAGAAAAGGGUAGUUUCCCUUCUGCAGGUGGACCCGGCUCCCAGCGGGGGGACAGUUAUUCACAAUUCCUGGGUGGAAGGUGGAGGCCAGAGGAAGAAUCGCAAGCCACGAGGGGAGGCCAGUGAUUGCACUGAUCGAUGCCUCACAGAGGCAGUGAGGGAAUAAGUGUGUGUGUGUGUGUGUGUG